UCCGCCUCCAAGGCGUUGUGGAAGAAAGGAUCACAGUCAAGGGAUUGUUCAUAAAGACGAUAUCAAUGUGUCGAUCAUAUUGAUAGGACCAAAUACAGCCACGCAAAACAGUGUGCGUGGAUUUUUAGGAUCUAGAUUGUGUAAAUUAGCCGCGAUCCGCGCGCUCUAAAGGGACGCGUCAGAAAACCAGGUUCUGUAAAGCGCCUUGUGUUUACACAGGAACCAUCCAAAGCCACGUUUUGGGAGCCCAGCAUGCAGCGCAGACUUCAUCUGACUGGAGCAGCGCCUCAUAAACAAUUAGUUUAACUCCCUCUGAGGAGGAGCCGCGCAUCGGGUGCGCUUUUGGAUAACAUGGAGGAUUGCAGUUGAAGGCACAUGUUGUGCGUGCAGCUAAGCGCCUGGUUAUAUUAGCGUGUGGGUGUGAAAAUGGAAACAUUUUCAAAGUGAUCAGAACUCCGGGCUGCAGGGAAUGGUUAGAAAGCGCUUUUAGGUCCGCGUCGCUGUUUGCUUGUUUUGAAGGGAAGAGUGUGCAGGGUGAACAUGGAGAACCAGGAGGAGAAGGAGAGCAGGACGGACAAACGCUUCGCCCUGACUUAUGUCGGCUGGUGCUCGCUGGACAGGAGGACCACCUUGCCCAUGCUGCCGUGGCUGGUGGCUGAGAUCCGCCGGAGGGGCGAGAGGGGCGACUGCGGCCCCGUCAUGCAGCCCAGAGAAGUUCAGCUGCUGCUCAACCGCCCCUUCGUUCGCUGCGUCCCUUCCAACAGCAGCAACUCCUCUGUUUUCAUAUUCGAGCACAAAGCUCAGCUGAUCUCUCGGUUCAUCCAUAACAGCAAUGACCUCACUUGUUUUUCCUAUCUGCUGCGGGGCCAGCCGGACAACCCGGAGUCCGAGAUGUCCUGUCACGUCUUCAAGGCCUGCGACCCCAACCAGGUCCCUGAGGUAAUCAGCAGCAUUCGCCAGGUUUCCAAAUCUGCUCUAAAGGAAGAAACCAAGCCUAAACAGGAAGCUGAAGAGGCCUUUUACAACUCUCAGAAGUUUGAAGUGCUUUACUGUGGCAAGGUUACAGUGGGCCACAAGAAGGCGUCCUCAACCCUCAUCGAUGAAUGUGUUGAAAAAUUUCGCCAGCACGAGACUGAACGGAAGCGCCUGCGGCUUCUUAACGGACAGCGAGGGUCGACAGAGACUGUCCCUGUGGAUUUAAUCAUUCUAGAAGACCCACUCUCUACUGCCAUCAGUAGGACUGCAGAGGAACCUGAAGCUCUGGGACUGGAGGACAUGACGAUAGGUAAAUGUGCGUCCAGCAGUGCCAGUCAGAGCAGUCUGCGGGGAGCCUUUCCUGAGUGCAUCCUGGAGGACUCUGGGUUUGAGGAGCCUCAGGAGUUCCGCACGCGCUGCAGCAGCCUGGCCGGGAGUCUGCAGAGGAAGCCGGGGGAAGGCGUCAUCAUGGGUCCCACGCGCCGCAGACACGCAAGUGCGCCCAACAACGUGCAGCCAUCUGAUUCUGAUAAAAACCGAACUAUGCUGUUCCAGGUUGGACGGUUUGAAGUGAACCUGAUCAGUCCGGAUAGUAAAACAGUGGUGCUGGAGAAGAACUUCAAAGAUAUCUCAUCCUGCUGUCAGGGUGUAAAGCAGACCGACCAUUUCGGAUUCAUCUGCCGGGACCAAUCAGAGUCCGGUCCGGGUCAGUACAUGUGCUACGUCUUCCAGUGUGCCAGCGAGUCCUUGGUUGAUGAGGUGAUGCUGACCCUGAAGCAGGCCUUCUCCACCGCUGCAGCCUUACAAAGCAAUAAGACUCCAGUGCAGCUCUGUGAAGCAUGCCCCAUGCACGACCUGCACAAGCUCUGCGAGAGGAUUGAGGGUCUUUACCCACCCAGAGCCAAGCUGGCCAUCCAGAAAUACCUCUCCCAGUUAACUGAUAAUGAGCAGGCAGAGAUUUUUGAGCGAGUUCAAAGACUGAAGCCUGCCUCUGACCAAGAGGAGAAUGAGUUGGCGAUUAUGUAUCUAAGGCAACUCUGCGAAAGCAAACAGAAAUCCCAUCUUCAUAUCGGAGAAGCCCCUCAGAAUGCAACCAAUAGCGCAGCUACAGGAGAUGGCGCAGCCACCGGCAGUCGAUUCAAACUAGAUAUCCUCAAGAACAAAGCACGCACAUCCCUCACCAACUCUCUUGAAAACAUCUUCGCCAGGGGAAGCAGAAUGCGGGGCCGCCUGGGAAGCAUGGGAAGCGUUAGCAGUUUCGAAAGACAGGAUGAAGAGUCUCCUGGUCACUCCCCUCCAGGUUCGCCUCCCGCCUUCCCGGACGACGAGCAGGAAUUUGGACCUCAGUUCCGUCGGCGCGCUUACACCUUCAGCCACCCGCCGGUGAGGAAGCGGAUCUCCUUCGAGAGCCAGCCUGCCAACCAGAGCAAACAGGCUCCUCUUCGCAGACAGCACUCUGUUAACCCAGAGCUGCUGCAGACCAGUCACGUGGCUGUGACGAGGACACGCAGCGUUUCAGAGAGCGAGUCCUCCUUCAGCCUCCCCUCCACCUUCUCUGCUCCAACUUUCCUGAAAAGCUUUUACCAGGGCUCGCUGGGCUCCCUGGCAGACAGUGGGAGCUUCAAGAGCAAUGGAGAAGGCAGGAAAAGGACGCUGUCGAGCUGCAGCAAUGACUCUCUGAGCGGAGGUCUCCCUCUGACCCCACGCAGGGUCUCCUGGAGACAGAAGAUCUUCCUGCGGGUCGCCUCACCCAUGCCCAAGCCAUCUGCAUCUAUGCAGGACACAGAUGACUCCGAUGCCACGGAGCUGCUGCCUCUUUCGCCUCGUGCCUCGGACCCCAGCCUGGACCCUUUGAGGCGCCUUUUAUCCCCGGCAUCGCAUCAGCUGUCUGAUAAGCAGCCCAAAAGGACAGGAGCCGAUUAUAGGGCUCUCUGGAAAACCGCAAUCCACCAGCAGAUCCUCCUGCUGCGCAUGGAGAAGGAGAAUCAGAGGUUAGAAGAAGCGAGCCGAGAUGAGCUGCACAUCCGCAAACUGAAGCUCAACUACCAGGAAGUGUGCCCCUGCUCCCAGGAAGCUCAGGCACUCUGGGAGAAAAAGCUGACAGCUCCAGGCAGAACCACAAACCCUCAGGAUAAGGAGGACAUAUACAGAGCAAUCUGCCAAGGAGUGCCAAAGAGUAGACGAGGAGAGGUCUGGUUUCUCCUUUCCCAUCAGUAUCGGCUGCAGCACAGACUCCCCCAUCGUCAGCAAGCCCCAGACACCCCCUACUACGACCUGCUCAAGCAGCUCACCGCACAGCAGCAUGCCAUUCUGGUGGACUUAGGUCGGACCUUCCCCACCCACCAGUACUUCUCAGCCCAGCUUGGUGCAGGCCAGCUUUCCCUCUACAAUUUGCUGAAGGCCUACUCUUUGAUGGACACAGAGGUCGGCUACUGCCAGGGCAUCAGCUUUGUGGCCGGCGUGCUGCUGCUCCACAUGAGGGAAGAACAAGCGUUCGACAUGCUGAAGUUCCUGAUGUAUGAUCUGGGCAUCAGGAGGCAGUACAGGCCCGACAUGGUCUCCCUGCAGAUUCAGAUGUACCAGCUGUCCAGGUUGCUGCACGAUUACCACCGGGACCUGUACAAUCACCUGGAGGAGUACGAGAUUGGGCCCAGCCUCUACGCCGCGCCGUGGUUCCUCACCCUUUUUGCCUCGCAGUUCCCGCUUGGCUUUGUGUCCCGCAUCUUUGACUUUGUAUUUGUACAGGGUACAGAGGCGAUCUUUAAAGUGGCCCUCUGUCUGCUGAGCAGCCAUGAGGGGGAGAUAGUGGAGUGUGACAGCUUUGAGAGCAUUGUGGACUAUCUGAAAACUACCCUCCCCACCCUGACACACACACAGAUGGAGCAGACCAUCGCAAAGGUAAUGGAGAUGGACAUCUCCAAGCAGCUGCAUGCAUAUGAAGUGGAGUACCACGUCCUGCAGGAUGAGAUGUUAGAUGCCGGGCCGGCGCCCGAUGACUCAGACAGACUCGACAAAUUAGAGAAGACGAACGUCCAGCUGAAGAAACAGAACAUGGACCUGCUGGAAAAGCUUCAAGCUGCACGGCAGAAGAUUCAGACUCUGGAGACGAGCGUGGAGAACUUCCUCUCUCGGGAGAGCAAAAUGAAGCACAUGAUUCGCUCCCUGGAGCAAGAGAGGACAGCGUACCAGAGGACCAUUGAACGCAUGCGCUCCAGUCUUCCCCCAGACGCUCUGACAGAUGUGGAGAUGACCCAGAUCAAAACAGGACCCAAUGGGAAAGCCAAAACUCCAGCCAAGAAGCCCUGAUGCCAAUGGGUUGGGUUGGGUUGGGGGUGGGGGGAUAUAGCCAUGCUGGGCAGAUGCAGCAGCUUAGAUCAACAAACAGACAAUCGAAGACUGCUGAGAGGAGGGCUGAUGAGCCCUGCUUUACCUCUGUGGUGAAGUGUGGCAACCGUUUUUAUAGAGGCGUGACGUCUUCAGACGGACAGACUGUUUGGGAAACAUGUUGGUUGUGUUUGCGAGGAGAUAAAGGAGCAGUGGGAGGAUGAUUUCAGUGAAUUUCUCAGUGUUUCCGUUCUGCUGUUCUUCUCGUAUGAUUCACAACCAGUUUGAAGGUAAAAUCAAAGACCAGAUCAUCCUUCGACGGUUGGAUCAUUCGUGAGUGUGUGUGUGGGGGGUUUCUAUGUUAGCACUGCCUCAAUGUAUUUACUACCUGCCAGAGUAACUCCACAGAAGCUGCCUGUUGGCACCUCAGACCUUACAGCCAUUAACCAGUGGGCGAUCCAGGAGUAUUUUGUAGUUCUUUAACUUUUGUCUUUUAUGGAAGCUUUGCCUCUUUGCUUUAUUUCAUAUUCAUCACCUAACAUUUUUCUGAAUGUACACUCUCUGGCAUUAAUUAACAGCAGAUUUAGAGUUUAGCAUUACCGGAAAACAUUCAGUUCUGUUCCGUUUUCUCAAGAAGGAAGCGUUUCUUCCAGAUCUUAGACAGGAUGUGAGGUCACCUGCCUCCUCGGUUUCCUUUAGACUCUGGCCGGAGAGACGUCUCUUCUUUUAGCACCGCCUUCAGACUCCCAGGCAGAACUCGCUCUCCCCAGGAGGCGCAGACUAAACAGACUGAGGUGGAGACGUGAUCUGUAUGUACACACUGCUGUACUUAAGAGCAACAACAAAAAAGAAGCUUCCGAUGCUUUGAUACUAUAGUUUCUGCAGCAUCUCCAAUUCAUAGCUGUUGAGCUGAUUCACAUUUUGUCUCACUGGAACUUAUCAAUACAAAGAGGCACUCAAUUCUGAAAUAGAAGAUAAAUUAAGCACCCAUCUGUUGUCUAUAGCCACUUUGGGUUGCACAGAGGGGAGGCAUCUGCAUCUCUAAUGGUUACUUGGGAGAGUUGGGGUACACCUUAAUCGUUUUGCCUGUCACGUAUUAUUGAAACACUUUCAUACCUCAGGGCGAUUUAAAAAGCGUAUUUUGAGCUGUGGUACCCAGGUAAAAAUGAUGGUAACAUACGAAACUCAAUGCAGAAAGAGCAAGAGUCCCGACUUCAGAGGAACCUAUUGCUAACUGGGUAUAUUGCUAGCCACUGUUGCCUUUGGACGCCUUUUACUCUGAUACCACCAAAUAAACUGCUGUGCAACCACUUGCCUCUUGAAGUCAGUUAGCUGUCUUUAUCUUCAGCUGCCAAUUGAAGUCUUUGAGAGUCAGUGAGAUUAUAAUAAAGUAUCAUGAGUGUUGUUCAUUAAAAAGAAAAGUAAUGAUUUAGUCAAACAGCAAAGAUGCCUUUGGAUAGGCAGGAGGAGCUGCAGAGAUCUACUGCUCAGGUGGACUGGAUAUUGGAAGUCAACUACUUGUUCUCCAUUGAGUGUGUCUAACCUAUAGAGGACUGGCAAGAGCACGGACCUUUUUGAAAGAAUCUAAUUAGAAGUUCUGUUUGCAGUUUGCCAAAAGCCAUAUAGGAGAUUUUUUUUAAGUCACAAGCAGGUUAGAGUUGAUGUGAUGUGAAAUUGGAUUUUAGAUCUGUUAGAACCUGCAAAACGAGGUGGAGGUUCACCUUCCACCAGGGCAACCACUUUAAGCCAUCAGGUCAAAGUCUAGACCCCAUUUUAAUGGAGAAUCUGUGGAAAAUUGAAAAUUGAUGUUCAAAGAUGCUCUCCACCCUUCCUGACCUAGAUUAGGCUUUUACAAAGCCGGCAGAGACACAGUCCAAGAUACCUAAAGUUAAUUGCAUAGAAAGGUUAUUAUAUGAUUGACUCAGGAGGAUGAAUGCCAAUUCUUGAUAUAUUUCCAUAUUUUUGUAAGAUAAAAAAAAAAAAAUCAGACGUCAUUCCUUCCCCUUUACAUUCAAGCAUCACAUUGUGUGGGUCUAACACAAAAACAGUCUGUCUAAGACAAUUGAGUUUUGUGGUUGAGUGAGAAAAUAUGAACAAGUUUAAUGGGUGUGAAUCCAUCUAAAAGGCAUUUUACUGAGCUUGAGGUUUUAAUAAGACACUGGGCUGUUUGUCACAGAGUUUGGGUGAGCAGAGAAAGGAGCUAAAAUGAGCACGAGGACACUUGAGUUGCCCUCUCAGCGAUAAUGAAGCUUGGUUUUAUAUACAGUAUCUGCACACACACACUGCAGUGAAGUGCUUGACUGUGUGGACAGAUGGUUUAUAUGAUUUAAAAGCUCUGUCCCUAGCUCCCUCUUUGAUUUUGUUUUCCCACCUCCAUGUCUGAACCACCAUCAUCACUUUUUAUUCAAGUGAAAACUUGUCCUGGUUAUUUUUUCUUCUUUUAAGAAGAGAAAAAAACAAAUUUUUUACUAUUAGAUUAGGGUGACUUCUAUCAAGAAACAAAGUGUUUAUCAUACUUCCUGCACUUAGAGACAAGUGACAGUCAGGUUGAGAAUAAAGUUUUUGUUCGGAUGCAUCGCUCCCAGAGGAUGUAUGGUUUGGCAGCCAGUGCAGUGUUUGUUUAACACACUCCUGCUAUGCUUCUGUCCUUGAACGUAACAGCAGCUAAUUCACACAAGACGUCAUUAACUGUUAUGUAAAUAAGUUCCCAGCUAAAAGAAAUGUCUUUUUUUCAUUGAUUGAACUGUAAUUGAGAAAUGAAUUGUAUGGAUCUGUCCUGCAAAACAUAUCAAGCAGCUUUGUUUUUAUCAUUUUUAAAACAGCAACCUGUAAAGGAUGCAUGCGAUGGAGAAGAACUAAGCUUCUGCCUGUUGUUUGUAUUACUGCAGUAUUUGUGCAUCUUCAUAAUAACACAUCAUGGAACCAAAGAUGUGCUUUAUUGCCUGGAAAUAUAUGAAUGAUCCAAAAUGCAGUGUUGGAUUAUUUGGUUUAUGGACUCUUUCGCCACCUCAGUCUCACAUUAAAUGUAGAUGUUGCAACUUGGGGGAGAAGAAUACCAGAUAUUGGUUACAAACUUGACUACUUGAUUAAAAAAAAAUAAUAAUCAGGUCUUUUUUUAUAAUUGAACAGCUUUUAGUAUCUUAUUCGACUCAAAGCCCUUUAGCCCUUUUAGAGCAUUUCUAACACAGAACAUUAGGUGGUUAAAAUGAUGGAGAAAUGGCUUGAAGAGUGCUGGGAUGGAUGCAAAAUUAAAUGGAUCAAUGGGUCCUAGUUCUCCAGAAUUUUUCUUAACUUGGAAAAUAAAUUUCAUAGUUUUUCAUGCUGCGAUGGAACCCUUUACAUGAUCUAUAGAGGUGAACCUCAGGAUUAUGGCAUAAAUGUUUUGUAAAAUGACACUUUCAGGGUGAUUGAAGGUUCCCUAUCUUGACCCGAUAAGUGUUUGUAUCAGUUUGUUUGAACUGUCAACACGAGGAAGGACCUGUCCUGAAUUUAUCAAUAAACCGUACCUUGCCUUGUU